AUGCCACGCUCAAACGAGUGUCUGUCCAAACGCACGCCACGCUCAAGCUACUGUCUAUCCAAACGCACGCCACGCUCAAACUACUGUCUAUCCGCACGCACGCCACGCGCACACUACUGUCUAUCUGCACGCACGCCACGCUCAAACUACUGUCUAUCCGCACGCACGCCACGCUCAAACGAGUGUCUGUCCAAACGCACGCCACGCUCAAGCUACUGUCUAUCUGCACGCACGCCACGCUCAAACUACUGUCUAUCCAAACGCACGCCACGCUCAAACUACUGUCUAUCUGCACGCACGCCACGCUCAAACUACUGUCUAUCUGCACGCACGCCACGCUCAAACUACUGUCUAUCCGCACGCACGCCACGCUCAAACUACUGUCUAUCCAAACGCACGCCACGCUCAAGCUACUGUCUAUCCAAACGCACGCCACGCUCAAACUACUGUCUAUCCAAACGCACGCCACGCUCAAACUACUGUCUAUCCAAACGCACGCCACGCUCAAACUACUGUCUAUCCAAACGCACGCCACGCUCAAACUACUGUCUAUCCAAACGCACGCCACGCUCAAACUACUGUCUAUCCAAACGCACGCCACGCUCAAAACUACUGUCUAUCCGCACGCAUGCCACGCUCAAACUACUGUCUAUCCAAACGCACGCCACGCUCAAACUACUGUCUAUCCAAACGCACGCCACGCUCAAACUACUGUCUAUCCAAACGCACGCCACGCUCAAACUACUGUCUAUCCAAAUGCACGCCACCUUCAAACUACUGUCUAUCCAAACGCACGCCACGCUCAAACUACUGUCUAUCCAAACGCACGCCACGCUCAAACUACUGUCUAUCCAAACGCACGCCACGCUCAAACUACUGUCUAUCCACACUCACGCCACGCUCAAACUACUGUCUAUCCAAACGCACGCCACGCUCAAACUACUGUCUAUCUGCACGCACGCCACGCUCAAACUACUGUCUAUCCAAACGCACGCCACGCUCAAACUACUGUCUAUCCAAAGGCAUGCCACGCUCAAACUACUGUCUAUCCAAACGCACGCCACGCUCAAACUACUGUCUAUCCAAACGCACGCCACGCUCAAGCUACUGUCUAUCCAAACGCACGCCACGCUCAAACUACUGUCUAUCCAAACGCACGCCACGCUCAAACUACUGUCUAUCCAAACGCACGCCACGCUCAAACUACUGUCUAUCCAAACGCACGCCACGCUCAAACUACUGUCUAUCCAAACGCACGCCACGCUCAAACUACUGUCUAUCCAAACGCACGCCACGCUCAAACUACUUUCUAUCCGCACGCAUGCCACGCUCAAACUACUGUCUAUCCAAACGCACGCCACGCUCAAACUACUGUCUAUCCAAACGCACGCCACGCUCAAACUACUGUCUAUCCAAAUGCACGCCACCUUCAAACUACUGUCUAUCCAAACGCACGCCACGCUCAAACUACUGUCUAUCCAAACGCACGCCACGCUCAAACUACUGUCUAUCCACACUCACGCCACGCUCAAACUACUGUCUAUCCAAAUGCACGCCACGCUCAAGCUACUGUCUAUCCGCACGCACGCCACGCUCAAACUACUGUCUAUCCGCACGCACGCCACGCUCAAACUACUGUCUAUCCAAACGCACGCCACGCUCAAACUACUGUCUAUCCAAACGCACGCCACGCUCAAACUACUGUCUAUCCAAACGCACGCCACGCUCAAACUACUGUCUAUCCGCACGCACGCCACGCUCAAACUACUGUCUAUCCACACGCACGCCACGCUCAAACUACUGUCUGUCCAAACGCACGCCACGCUCAAACUACUGUCUAUCCACACUCACGCCACGCUCAAACUACUGUCUAUCCAAAUGCACGCCACGCUCAAGCUACUGUCUAUCCGCACGCACGCCACGCUCAAAUACUGUCUAUCCGCACGCACGCCACGCUCAAACUACUGUCUAUCCAAACGCACGCCACGCUCAAACUACUGUCUAUCCAAACGCACGCCACGCUCAAACUACUGUCUAUCCAAACGCACGCCACGCUCAAACUACUGUCUAUCCAAACGCACGCCACGCUCAAACUACUGUCUAUCCAAACGCACGCCACGCUCAAACUACUGUCUAUCUGCACGCACGCCACGCUCAAACUACUGUCUAUCCAAACGCACGCCACGCUCAAACUACUGUCUAUCCAAAGGCAUGCCACGCUCAAACUACUGUCUAUCCAAACGCACGCCACGCUCAAACUACUGUCUAUCCGAACGCACGCCACGCUCAAACUACUGUCUAUCCAAAUGCACGCCACGCUCAAGCUACUGUCUAUCCGCACGCACGCCACGCUCAAACUACUGUCUAUCCGCACGCACGCCACGCUCAAACUAG